ACUUAAAAAUAACUGUACCAGACGAUGCACCAAUGAAAUUUUAGCUUUAUUUUCUGAAUAUAAGUUUAAAGUGCCUUUGGAUUGUAGAACCUUGUUAAAAACAAAAAGAAGUAUUUGGUCCAAAAAUGUUGAAGGUGGGAAUUAUAUAUAUCUUGGAUUGAAAAAACAGAUCACUAAUCAAAUAAUUUGUCAUUCAAUUCUUGAUGUCAACAUUUCUUUAAGCUUUAAUAUAGAUGGUUUACCACUGUACAAAUCCAGCUCUACACAGCUGUGGCCUAUUGUUGGACUCAUUAAAGGUUACAAUCCGUUUUUGAUUGGAAUGUAUUGUGGAUCAAUUAAGCCUAAAAGUCAUUUAUUUUUAAAAGAUUUUUCAGAUGAGUUAAAAAUAAUAACAAUCACUCCGUUUGUAGUUAAUGACAAAAGUUACAUGAUUCAAAUUUAUGCUUUUAUUUGUGAUGCCCCUGCUCGCUCCUUGUUAAAAGAAGGAAAUGUAGAUUUGCGUACAAAUAUCGAAUUUCUUAACUAUACAUAUGCUGACAGAGAUCACAAUGGAAGAUGUCACCAACAUGAGAAGUCUAUAUUCAGUGAAGAACUGCUCUCAAUUAUGAAUAAUAAAGAAGAAAGAACAGUCACAAGAAAACGAUCACAACCUAAUACAAGCCCAAUUAAAAGACUUUAUUCUGUUGUGACAAUCAUUGAAGAUGAAAAACAAAAGAAAAUGACUGUACCUGUGGAUUGGGUAGAUGAACUCAAAAAUGUUGUAUAUUGGCCUCCAAAGGACAAAAAACAAAUAAACUACUAUAUUAGUAAUUGGAUUUCACCUGAUAAAGGAUGGAGAGAAUAUAUAUUAUUAAAAAUAAAUCUUGACAAGGGAACAAAGGAGAUGUGCGAUGUUUGCAUGAAGUUUGACUCAGAGUCUUCCAAUUCUGAUUUUCAGGAAACAGAAUGUAAUAGUGCAACAUACAGCAAUCGUUUUCACAUUAGAGAAAAAAGUCCUGACAUUACAGUUGAAAAGGUUGCUGAAUCGUCAUUAUUUUCUUCAAGAUUAUUUAUUAAAUCUCCUAGCAAACAUCCUAAGAUAGUAUCUACUUAAAAAUAUCAAGAAGAGAAUGUUUUGAAUUUAGAAGAAGAUUUAGAUUUUUCAAAUUUCUAUCAAAGCAAUACAGUUCAAUCUAGUUUGUCAUCUGUUUGUCAACAUGAUUCAUUUUUGGAACCAGUUCAAAAAACUAUUCCAAGAGGCAUUGGUGGUACUUUUUUUUAUGACGAACCACCAGCUAGCUUUAAACCGAUGGAUGAAAGGCGUUUUCAAUAUGCAAUAUUUAUGGAGUUAGCAAGUAUAAAAUCUGAAAUACAAAAAUCUUUAUGUGCAGUGGAAAAGCUGGGAAGAAGGACUGAGCCUGAAGAUUCCUUAUUUUAUAUUUAUAAAUCAAAUGAUAUAAGAGAGUUUGAUGAAAGAGAAAUAUUUUUAGAUAAUAAAGAAAAGUUUCAUUUGUUGGUCCUUCAACUUAAACAAAUAGGUGGUAGUUCAAUUUCAGCCUCAGUUAAUAAAGUUUUAGAUGAAACAAUGUCUAAAAAUGUUCAAUCGUUAUUUAACAAAGCAGGAAGACAUGGCAAAAGAUCAUUUAGAAAAACAUUAUUGUAUAAAGCAAUUAUUGCUUAAACGGAAUAGUUUAUUUAGUUGUAACAAUCAUUGAUUAUAAAAAAUUUUGGAAAAUGACUGCAAAUUAGGUAAGUACAAAAAUAUUGAUAAAGAGUUAUUAGAAACUUAUUAAGAAUGGUGAGAAGAUAUAUUGACGAAACUAUAUCUUGACUAAAGUAAAGAAGAGAUGUGUAAUGCAUGCAUAAAGUUUGAUUCAAAACUUUAGAGUCUUCGAGUUUGAAAUUUCAAGAAACAGCAUUAAUUUUUAAAUGAAACAGUACAACAUCACAAUUCUUUGCAAGAGAACCAAGUCUUGAUAUUAAAGUGCAAAAGGUUGCGGAAUGUAAGUUUUUCAAAGAGUGUUAUCUGGUUUAAUUAAAAGUUUAGUUUAGAAUAAAACCAGAUAAAUAUUUUUCAUCAAGUUAGAAAAUAUGUUAGUAUUUCCAACACGUUAAUAAAUAAUAUAUGGAACUUUUUUUCAUCAAGUUAAAAAAGACUUACCAAGAAGCAUUACUGGAAUUUAUUGUUAUGAUGAACUGUCAUCAAGUUUUAAGCCUAUGGGUGGAACAU